UCAUGGCGUGGUGCUUAAUUGGUUAAGCACAGUGACAAAUUCACCUUUAUGUGACUGUGAGUUUGUGUCUUACCAUAGUAUAAAAGUACAGUGAAUUUUUUGUGAUCACCAAAAAUCGUUGGAAAGUCUCGGGCAGAAAAAUUAGACGCUUCUCCAUCAAUUUGGGCCUGGAAGGAUGUUACCAACAAGCCUACAACAUGAAGAGAUUACACAUGAAUCUCACUAUGCUUGCGUAACUUUUUGACUAUGAAGAUGGAGGCAGUAUGUUCCUCCGAAACAUCAGUGUGCUUCUGCCAGACUGCGCAGCGGUAUAUCGCCGUCACUUGUGUGAGAACCUCAGGUCCAACAAAACUUAGCCAGAUUACAGCAGGUUCUGGAAAUGCUUUUAUUCAGCACACAUUUCUGGCACAUCCAUAAGAAUGUUCUUGAGGACUGUAUGAAACUUAUCUUCUGUUAUUCACCUUCAGCUCUUCAUGGUGUGAGGAUUUGAUCUGCAGGAUUGGGGAUCCUGUGUCUCCCCUCCACCACGUAUCUAGACUUUCACAAGCCAAUAGCGAGUCUUGAGAAUCCUGAUCUCUCUGCAGACUGUCAGAAUGUGGGUCGUGCCCACAGACCGAGGUUCUAGUGGAAGAGAUUGUGUUAUACAUGGAGCCUAGAACAUCUGACGGCCGAGCCGCGAAACACCGCCAUUACAGACACGAUGCUGUUGCUGCUGCUCUUAGCCCCCCUGCUAGAGGCGGGCUAUGUGCCCCCGGGCCCCCUCUACCGGUGCCCCGAGAAGCCGCUCCAGCUGUUCCCCUGUGAAUGUGAGGCGGGGGGCGACAGCGGGCUGAACAUUCGUUGUGAGAACUCCAAUUUGGCAUCAUUGUCAAUUGCGAUGGCUAAUUUGGCAACACUGAACGCUCCGGUGGAGCGUCUCACCAUCUCCAAGUGCCAUAUCCGGCGUCUGUAUGGCAGUCUCUUAUACCCACUCCAUGUGCGAGUGAUGCGGGUGGAAGACACGCCUCUGCAGCACAUCGAAGAGCACAGCUUUCUGGGUGUGAACAGAACAUUACAGGAGCUCCACAUUGUGGGUUCUGAGCUCCAGGAGUUCCCCACUUUGGCUUUCCGAGUACUGGGUAACAUCACAACACUCCGAAUUGAUGGACACAAAUUCCAGACUCUUCCUGCGGAUGCUUUAAGUUCUGGGCUUCUACAUUCUCGCCUUGAGAGGCUCCAUAUCACCAAUGGGUUGCUGGCCGAACUGCCUCCUGAUGCCUUCCACAUACUGCGCAAACUCAAGACACUCGACCUCCAUGGCAACCAGCUGAAGGAGCUGCGGCGGAAUCAGUUCAAGGGACUCCGGGACACAGAGGUACUUGACCUGUCGCAUAACAACUUGACCAAAGUGGAUUCAUCACACCUGGCAGAUUUGAACAAGAUGUCAUGGUGCAACCUGUCCCACAAUGCCAUAGCAGAACUCACCAGGGGAACUUUUGCACGUAACACAGUGCUGCGUGUGCUGCAUAUGAACCACAACCGGUUACGGAGGCUGGAUUCCAACUCAUUCCGUGGGAUGCGUUUUAUUCGACGGUUAUACUUCAGUGACAAUCAGAUCACAGAUGUAGGGAGAGGCACAUUUGGUUCUGUGACAAGGGUUGGCACUGUUGAUCUUGCAAGGAAUUUUAUCAAGAAAAUAGACUUUCAGAUGUUCUACCAGCUGCAGUACGUUGAGCUGAUUGAUGUCUCAGAGAACCAGGUGACAGAAGUGCAGAAGCUUGCCUUCAAGGACCUAUACUUGGUGCGCAUUAAUAUAUCCCACAAUGCUAUUGAACGCAUUGAGUCAGGUGCAUUUGAGAACUGUGCCAAUGUGACAUUGCUUGACCUAUCUCACAACAUGAUUGAAAGCAUCCCUCGCACUGCUUUUGACAGCAAUACAUAUGCCACAGAACUGGAUCUGUCUUACAAUCUGCUGAUGGAUUUAUCACAGGUUCCCCUGCAUAACAUGACUGGACUGAAGGUUCUAAACGUAAGCCACAACAUGAUAGAGAAAAUUCCUCGUAAUACGUUUCCCAAACUGUUUGAGCUUCACACCAUCGAUCUCAGCUACAACAGGGUUCGUGAAAUAUGGAAUUCUGUGUUCCAAACAUUAUUCAGUCUACGUUUUGUGAACAUGAGCCACAAUUCCCUAAAUACAAUAAAGGGCUCCACAUUUGGUGCACUGCACACACUACUUGAGUUGGAUCUCAGUCAUAAUGAACUGUCAGAUGUGAACAAGGCAGCCCUGGCUCGAUGCGCAUCUCUGCGGAAGCUCACGCUGCACAACAACUCACUCACACAAAUCUUCCAGCUGCCCAUCUCACUCAGUGACCUGGAUCUCUCUCACAAUGCCAUUUCAAGUAUUCCACCGCUGGAGACAUGGCCCACUAUGAACUCAUUGCUGUCACUGGACCUGAGCUACAAUGCAAUUGGAGACACACUUGAGCGGGGCGCAUUCUCAAAUUUGCUGACACUGCAGAAGCUGAACCUUGAGGGGAACGGAAUGACCAAAGUCCCAUGGGAGAGCCUGAGUGAAUUGUCCACUCUUCAGUUCCUUAAUAUGCAGCACAACCAGCUCACAAAACUGGAGCGGGGUGCAUUUGGCCGCUUACCUGUGGUGUUCGAGCUGAAUCUGUCACAUAACCUGCUGAACAAUAUCACAGUACGAGCCUUUGAGGGACUCCUGCAGCUUCUCAUGCUCAACCUCACGGCAAACAACCUCACCACCAUCCCCAAUGGAGCCUUCCAAGGUUUGGUGUCAUUGCGGACUCUAGAUCUGUCGCACAAUCUGUUGGAGAAACUGGACAAUAAGACUCACGGCCUGCUGGAUGAUUGCUUGUCAUUAGAAAGGGUGAACUUGAGCCAUAACAAGAUCUCGUUUAUCACGCGUCACACCUUCCCCAGUUCACCCUGGGUGCCAUAUAGGCUGCGAGAAGUUGACCUCAGCUAUAACGUGAUGCCUGUGCUGACAUAUGAUAUUACAGUUGGCACCAAGCGUGUGGAGCUGCUUAACGUUAGCCACAACAUCCUCAAUGAGAUUCGCCACAAUGUCCUUGGUAACCUUACAGCUGUUAAAGUGCUUGACUUAUCAAACAAUGAGCUCACCCAGCUGCCCACUGAAGUGUUCGGCCCCCCUCGCAACCUCACCACUCUCUACCUGCAACACAACCAGCUGACCAUGCUGCCUCUGGUGGAUCUUGUGUCACUUAAGCCACAGCUCAGAAUAGUUGAUGUGCGGGCCAACAGAUUACAGCACUUUCACCAUGAACUGAUGCCUCUUGUUGAGAAUGGAACGCGCAUCUUAUAUUCGGGCAACCCGGUGAGCUGUGAUUGUGAAGUGCGGCCAUUGAGGCAGUGGCUGGACUCACAGGUGUCCCCCGGCCCUGAAUGGGACACACUAAAAUGUUCUGCACCCAAGUUUUUGGAGGGACAGUCUAUUGCUGUCAUUCCAGAAGACCGGAUGACCUGCGGUGCUGAGCGGGACAGCCCUCGCUUCCAGAUCAAUCCAGACCUUAAGUUCCGAGACAUUCACAGGACAAACAAUGGAGUUUCAAUCACAUGGUUUGUGUCAACACAUAGUGAUGUUGCUGACUUCCGCUUGGUGGCGCGCGAGGCGCAGAAUGUGGUCCUAGAGCUGGACCUUCCCUACAAUGCACGCAGCCAUAUAGUGCGUGGACUUCCCUCAAGCCCGCACCUUGAGCUGUGUCUGCUGGCACGAGAUAGCUCUGGAAACGUGCGUCACUGGCGUGCUAGUCAGUGCACAAUGCUUCCACCUAGUGACUAUUACUCACAUGCUAGCAUCCCAUUCACUUCCACCAUGUGCUACGUGGUCCUUGUUGUCCUGCUGCAUCCCAUCACACAGUAACAAAGAAAGUGUUGUGUUAUAAUGUGUACAUUUAUAUUUGUAAAUGUGAUUUUGUACAGGAACAAAUUUUAUAUUUGGUUAUUAAAACUUUACUGUAA